AUGCUACUUAUCGCAUUACUCCUCUCGUCCAUGGCCCAGCUGUCAGCCGCCAUCACCUGCUUCGAGUGCACAAGUUCCCAGGGGACGGAUUGUAAGCUGGCCUCGUCAUCGUGCAGAUAUGGGCUUUUUGGCUGUGUCAAGAUUGCGGUGCUGAAUGGCGGUGUGGAUCGAAUGGGCAACUUCUACGAUGAGGAGCGUCAUAUAUCAAUGAUGGUUCGAGGGUGUGCGCUAUUACCAAUGGGCGGAGUGGACAUGUGCGAGCAGUCCAGUCUUUUUGGGUAUAGAGUCGUGAAGUGCACUUGCUUCAACGAUUAUUGCAACAGUUCCCCAAAAAUGGCGUCAAUAUUGGCCAUAUUUUUCGUGAUAUUUUACCAAGCCAUCCGAUGCAUU